AUUAUGGCGGAAAUGUCAGACGAAGACCUUGCAAUGAGGGCCGAUGAAAUCACAGAUGAAUCCUUGGAGAGCACCCGGAGGAUGUUACAGAUGACCGAGGAGAGCAGGCAAGCUGGGGUGAAAACUCUGGACAUGUUAGAAGAUCAAGGACACCAAUUAACCCGCGUUGAAAAAGAACUGGAUAAAAUCGAUGAGGACAUGAAGGAUGCUGAGAAGUAUCUGAAGAAGUUGGCCAAGUGCUGCGGUUUAUGCAUGUGCCCAUGUGACAAACAGGAGAACUUUGAGGAGACAGAGCAAUACAAGAAGGCAUACAGCAAGGAACAGGGCUGUGACGUGAAAGUGAUGUCCCACCAACCCCAUGGUAGUCAAAUUCAGCAGCAAGUUAAAGCUGGCGGAGCACAGGGUCCAGUAAUUCAGAGAGUCACCAAUGAUGCACGUGAAGAUGAAAUGGAAGAGAACCUACAGAUGAUGGGCAACUAUAUGGGAGACCUGAAGAGUAUGGCAUUAAACAUGGGCACUGAAAUCGACAAGCAAAACGUGCAGAUUGAUCGCAUCACAGAGAAGACCGAUACCAACAAAGCGCGGAUUGACGAAGCGAGGCGGACUGCUGACAAACUCCUAGGAAAAUAG